GGCCCCGCCCCUCGCGGCGCCUCCCUGGCGGCCGGCAGGGAGCCGGAGUCUGCGCGGGCGCCGAUUCGGGCACGGACUGUGGGGACAGGACGCCCUGCUGAGCAGGCUCGAGGACCAGUGCUCGGAAAUGAGGGUACCCAGGGAAGAUGCACACGAGGUAGGCCUGCUGACCCGUCCAUGAGGCGGGCCCCCUGCCUGGGCCUGGGCCCCUGGCUGGGCAUGCGCCUGACGGUGCGGAAGGUGUUGCUGGCUGCUGGCUGCGCACUGGCCCUGGUGCUGGCUCUGCAACUUGGGCAGCAAGUGUUGGAGUGCCGGGCGGUGCUCGGGGGCGCGCGGAACCCACGGAGGAUGCGCCCGGAGCAGGAGGAACUGGUGAUGCUUGGGGCCGACCAGGUGGAGUACCGCUAUGGCAAGGCCAUGCCGCUCAUCUUCGUGGGUGGCGUGCCUCGCAGCGGCACCACCCUCAUGCGCGCCAUGCUGGACGCGCACCCUGAGGUGCGCUGCGGAGAGGAGACGCGCAUCAUCCCCCGCGUGUUGGCCAUGCGGCAGGCCUGGUCCAAGUCUGGCCGGGAGAAGCUGCGGCUGGACGAGGCGGGUGUGACGGACGAGGUGCUGGACGCCGCCAUGCAGGCCUUCAUCCUGGAGGUGAUUGCCAAGCACGGGGAGCCGGCACGCGUGCUGUGUAACAAGGACCCCUUCACACUCAAGUCCUCCGUCUACCUGGCACGCCUCUUCCCCAACUCCAAGUUCCUGCUGAUGGUGCGUGACGGCCGGGCCUCCGUGCACUCGAUGAUCACUCGCAAGGUCACCAUUGCGGGCUUUGACCUCAGCAGCUACCGAGACUGUCUGACCAAGUGGAACAAGGCCAUCGAGGUGAUGUACGCACAGUGCAUGGAGGUGGGCAGGGACAAAUGCCUGCCCGUGUACUACGAGCAGUUGGUGCUGCACCCCCGGCGCUCGCUCAAGCGCAUCCUGGACUUCCUGGGCAUCCCCUGGAGUGACACUGUCCUGCACCACGAGGACCUCAUUGGCAAGCCUGGGGGCGUCUCCCUGUCCAAGAUCGAGCGGUCCACAGACCAGGUCAUCAAACCUGUGAACUUGGAAGCACUCUCCAAGUGGACCGGCCACAUCCCUGGGGACGUGGUGAGGGACAUGGCCCAGAUUGCCCCCAUGCUGGCUCGGCUUGGCUACGACCCGUAUGCAAACCCGCCCAACUAUGGGAACCCUGACCCGAUUGUCAUCAACAACACACACCGGGUCUUGAAAGGAGACUAUAAAACGCCAGCCAACCUGAAAGGAUAUUUUCAGGUGAACCAGAACAGCACCUCCCCGCACCUGGGAAGCUCGUGAUUUCCAGUCUCUGCAGGGCUCGGAUGUCUGAGUUGCCAGCGUUGUGUGUAUGCGGAAGUCGGACUAACCCAAGCGCAUUCUUCUCAUUCGUGCCGAGGCCGCGGAGGCGGAGCAUUCGUCUCGGUGGAAACGAACAGACUUGGAGCCUCUGCCUUCGGAUGCUCCAGGGUGGACAUCAAGGAGGGGACCCACUUCAGCUUCAGAAACUUAGGAAUUUUCUAUUUUUUUCUCCUCGAGAACUUUUUUUUAAAGAAUUGAAUUUGCUAUCCUCCCUAAGGGACAGGCUCCUUUGGUGGCCUCAUUUCCUGGGACAAGACCUGUGACCCGUUCCUCUCCUUGACUUGGACUCUGAACUCAAAGGAUCUAUUUAAGAGUUUAAUAUAUGGGCUUUCCUCCACCCUUUAGUCCUACUCACUUUCACAGAGAAAAGAAAUGAAUUCUCUGAAUAAAGUAAAGAGGCUGCUGUCCGUGCCUUACUUCACACGAA